AUGAGAGACUUUACUAUGAUAUCCUCCUGGAGGAGUCUUCACUGUGUUCUGCUGGUGGCCCUGAUGGGUGCUCCAGGUUCGGAGGCCUGGGUUCAGAUCUCCUGGGCCGGAGCAGUGACGGCUGGUUUCAGAACCACUUUCACCUGUUCCUCUUCUUGCUACUCAAACUGCUCCUACACCUGGUCGUUUGAGAGCCACACGGUCAAGGGGAGCACGUUCACCUGGACUCCUGAUGGACUGGACAGUACAGUGGAACUACAGUGCAGCGUGCUCGAUCCAGAAACAGGACUGACCAGCAGCCUGACCUCCAUUGUAGACAUUAAGAAUCAAGUGUCCGUGCAGAUCAGUCCACCAAACAACAUCCCGUCUCUCAACCAGACCCUGGACCUGGUCUGUGAUGGUGCUCCAUUAGGUGGCCUCUCUCACCAGGUGGUCUGGUACAAAGAUGGACAGAAAGUGACCCUGCGUGAGAAUAUGCAGCUGCUGCAAAACAACCUCUCCCUUCACUUUGACUCACUGCUGCCGUCUGAUGCUGGAUUCUACAUGUGUGAGACAAGAGUUGAACAGACAGGAGUGUUCAGCCUGGGCUAUCUACUCAGCUUUGAUCCAUGGAACGUCAGCAUCAGUGGGCCUGACACAGUGUUUCCUGGCAGAAUGAGUAAAUUCACCUGCUUGACAAGCUGCACCUUAAAUGUGGACUGCACUGUCGGGUGGACGUUCAGGCACGGUUUCCCCAUCGGAGGCUUCUUAUCAAUCGGUCAAAAUGAGCUGCGGUGGACCCCUUCCAUACCCGGUUCUUUCCAAAACUUCACCUGUGUUGCUGAAAAUGUAGCUGCCGGACGCUCUGCAGAGGCCACCAAGAUGGUAGAAGUUAAAGGUAUUCCUGUCUCUGGAUCAGAAGCGCUGCAGCUUAGUGGACUUUUUGCAAUCAGCCUGGGACUGCUGCUGCUUUUUGAUUCAUCAUAGUGUGUUAUUGAUUUUCAGUCUAUUGUCCUUUAAUGUACUUCACAGUCACACAACAACAUUUAAUAGUGCACUUGUAACUGGAUCAGCGCUGGUUUCUGCUCCCUCCUCCUUCUUUUCCCUUUCUAGUUCAGAGCCAUGUUCACCUGAGUGAGUAUUUCACAAAUCAAAUUUAUUGUUUGACUGGUUAUACAAUGCAAUAUGCCUUUUAGGGAAUGAUGUAUUUCCAUUAAACAACAACACAGAAAAGAAUUAUUCCCAAUUCACCUCUUUUUGUGUGUGUGUGUGUGUG